UUCACUUACAUGUUUCCACCCACUCGCGACAGCAGCAGUCGCAGAAAGAUGACGCGAGUGGUUUAGCUUGAUGUUAACCAAUCAAAAGACUGUACGCACACAGGCAGAGACGCGCGGUUCUGUGGGAAUUUAAUCCCUCAGCUUUGACUGUCGAGGUAAUAUUUCUGAUUUUAGCUGUUAGUUAUGUGGACCUUGUUGGCGCUGCUCACAAGCUCAACAAUAAUAAUAUUCGGACACAAACACUUUUCCAUGUGAUGCUGUUUGCUUGGUUGUUGUAGCUGGGUCACCCAUGUAGGUGAUUGACAGGCAGUUGCCUGACAGGUUAAACUGAGGUAAAAUUAAAUAUCAUAAAAACAUUGACACCGGCUUUACCAGCAGAAUGUCAGUGUGCCUUUCUAUCAAACCACACGACGACAUGAACCUUAGCUUGGUUAUAGAAGACACGUUAUACUCUAUUUUAUUAUUUGUUAUAUAUCAAGCUUAAGCUAGCAAGAGCUACCUGUAAUGCCUGUAAGGAAUAGAGUGAGAUAGGAGACAGAGGGAAGGGCACAUGUUUGCUUGUCCUCUGGGACAGCCAGGUUUGAGAUGAACUCCACAGGUGACACUGAGCCAGAUGAAACCAGCAAACCCUCGGGCAGGACCCUUACCUUGACUGUCUGCUCUGCUGCCAUCGGAGGAACCUUCCAGUAUGGCUACAACAUCUCAAUCAUCAACGCUCCUACCAGCUACAUCCAGGGCUUCAUCAAUGAUACCUACAUGGAGCGCUGGGGCAUCGCCUUGGAGACCCCUCAGGUGACCCUAAUAUGGACUGUCAUUGUGUCAGCCUUCUCACUGGGCGGUUUGCUAGGAGCCCUGCUAGCAGGGCCUCUGGCGGUCCGCUUUGGUAGGAAGAACUCGCUUCUUUUGAACAACUCUUUCCUGUUUGUCGGCGCCGCGUUUGUGCUAACGUGCAGGGCGGCGAGAUCGUUUGAGAUGCUCAUCUUCGCGCGUUUUCUGGUGGGGAUAAACGCAGGAGUGAGUAUGAACGUCCAGCCUAUGUACUUUGGGGAAAGUGCCCCCAAACACCUCCGGGGUGCUGUGGCUUUCUCCUCUGCUGUUUUCACUGCAUUUGGGAUCUUCCUGGGUCAGGUUGUGGGACUCACUGAGCUGCUGGGCACAGAGCCUCUUUGGCCCUACUUGCUUGCUAGUAAUGCUUUGCCAGGGUUGAUCCAGCUCCUUACCUUACCCUGGUUCCCUGAAAGCCCCAGAUACCUGCUCAUUGACCGGGGAGACAGGGAAGCAUGUGUCCGGGCGCUCGGAAGGCUUCGUGGUGGGGUGGCUCCUGUCCUGGAGAUGGAGGAGAUGCUUCAGGAGCAGCAGCAGCAGAAAUCCGCAGCCUUAAAUUCUGGAUCUGCAGCUUCUGCCACAACGCCCUGGUCCCUGUUUAAGAAUCCUGACCUGCGAGCCCAGCUCAGAACGGUCAUGGCUGCCAGUAGUGCCAUGAUGCUCUGCGGUAAUGACUCCUUCUACUUCUAUGCUUCCUACAUCUUUCUUGAAGCAGGGAUCCCUCCAGAGAGAGUCCAGUACAUCACCAUCGGCACGGGGGCAUCUGAGUUCACUGCUUCUAUCCUGAGUAACCUCCUGAUUGAACGUGUGGGCCGCAGGUCCCUUCUUGUUGGAGGGUACAGUCUUAUGUCUUGCUGGACUGUGGUCUUCACUGUAGCUCUUACCCUUCAGAGCCACGGGGUGGCUGGGAUGCCCUACCUCAGCAUGGCAUGUGUGUUCGCCUACAUCCUUAGCUUCGGCUUGGGCCCAGCAGGGGUGACGGGGAUCUUACCAGCCGAGAUCUUUGACCAGGCGGCUCGGCCGUCGGCGUACAUGGUCGCUGGCUCGUUCAUGUGGAUCAGCCUGUUCCUGGUGGGAAUGCUGUUCCCCUUCAUCGUCAGCGGCCUGGGGAACUUCUGCUUCCUGCCCUUCUUGGGCGUGUGUGUGGUGUCCGCCGUGUUUUUCGGGCUUACCCUACCAGAGACUAAAGGGAAGACGCUGGCUGAGAUUACCGCAGAGUUUGAUAGAAAGAAUGGAGUGAAGAAGGAGAGGCCAGACCUGGAGGUGGAUGAGUCCAUUAGGGAGCACUACCAGCUGGGUAAAGCCUGCUCCUUUACUUCCCUAACGCAAGAUGUCGACCCUGACCCUGACCAUAAGAAUGGGGACUGAAAUUUGACGCCCUCUAGUAAAAGUGGAAAGGAAUCAGGCAGUGCCUUUGUGACCUAUUUAUGCACUUUCAGUGUUGGAUAGAUUACUCGAUAGAUGAAAUCUAAAGUGUCCUAUUUAUGAAAUAUUAUCUGUGUAUAAUGACUGAUGGUUCAGUUUAUUUGUGGUUUCAUGAGCUACGUCAUUUUUUAAGGUUUUGUAUCUGUUAACCUGAAGUGAAACACAGGAUGCUCUUUAAUCAGUCCCUCCAGGAAGUUGCGAUGUUGCGAUGGCAACAGUUCAUGCAAAUUCAACCAACUAUUUUUGCAAUUUUCUCAUUCUCCUGCAAUUUUAUGGUAAAAAAUGCCUAAAAACGUUGCACCAUGCAUCACAAUGUUUUGGAAAAGCUGCCGCAAAAUCCUGAAGGGACAUGUUUUAUAGACUUCUCUGUUAUUUAUGUAGAGGAACAGUUCUCAAGGGGUUCCCCAGAAAAAAUGGGGACUAUUUUAAUUUCUCUCAUAUUUAACUGACUAAAAGUUAGCCCAAUAACACUUUUCUGUUCAUAGGUUACACACUCAUCACUGUUUAUCCUAUGUGCAGUGUAGACAGUUCCACAACAAAUGAAUCUUAUCAGUUGGGGAUCCCUGAGACUACAUCUUAUCAAAUAUAGGUCUGCAGCUUGAUGUGUCUCAAUUUGGAGGUCCAUGACACCAAAAAGGCAGAGAACCACACUGAUCUACAGUCUGGUCACACAGGAAAGGCAUCUCUAAAGCGAUGACAUGAUAAUCUUUUCUCGACAAGCCAGCAUAACCGUAAGCUGAAUAUGAAAUGGCCUUUCUGAGAGUAGCAUACAAAUAUCUACUCAGUGGGAAUGAGGACUACUGUCCUUCAUUUUCAAAUCAGUCUCCCUUUCAUCCAGCACACCCUGCUUCAAUCAGUUAAAAAGCAAUGUGAACAUUAUCAGUUGAAGGGAAACAUUCACAGAUCUUCACCAAACAAUUCAUUACCUCCGUCAGCUGCUUUUGCUUACUGUUAUUCUAUUUUUUUUUAUCAUAAACAUGACUGAGUGCCAAAGUUUCAUCAACAUUUUGAAUCACUGUACUAGUUAUAAAUAUAUAAUAUAUAUUAAGAUGAGUCUUUGCUGUUCCCAGAGGGAUUCAGUAAAGCGCAUCAGUGCAUCAACAGCCUGAAGAGGUGGUUAACGGAUAAGGAGUUUGUAAACCUGCUGCUUUGGGACUGAAACACGCUUUAGCCCUCCAACAUGCACGUGUACCGUAAUGUGCGGUGGAUUGUAAAGCAUACCUCAAACGUAGCCGCAUUAUUCAUUAAUACCCACUUGAACUCUGUGAAGGUCUUGAUAAUGAUAGAGGUGUUUUCAGUACAGUGGGUAAUCAUUUGAAUUGCAUGUAUUCAAGGAUUACACUCUAAUACGUCUGCACUGGGUAGAUAACAGUGCUUGUUUAUUGUGUAAUCUGAUUCUAUUCUCUGUUUCACUGACAUGUCUGUUCUGUCCACUGAUCCAUGCUUGUGUACAUUUUCCUGUUCGUCCAAGUGGGAAUAUUGCCUCUCUAAACUGUGGCAGCUUAGAGACUGGACUGUCUGUGUGUUGGUUGGACUCCCAACCCAAGGUAUCCGUCCUACUACAAACAGCAUGGUCCCAUAUAAUCACCUCUACAAAUGUCUCGUGUGUACCCAUUACUAUAUUAUGUAUGUAUUUGUGACUGCAGCGCCGCAAAACAGCCAGUAGAUGUCGCCAUUGUCACUGUUCUCGGCUUGCUCUACUUUCUGUGCCCAUAAACAUAAAGCUGUAUAAUAUCAAAGAGAAUCACAGAUGUAACACCCAGGCGAAGAUGACACUUUUAAAAUUGAACAGCUGUUAGCUCACAACCCUUGCAGGCCUUCUGUUGACCAUCUGCCACGGCCUCUGUAUGCUCCAGAUUAUUUAUUAGAAGGCAAGAGGCAGCAUGUUUUUAUUAUUUUAUAUUUGAGAUGCUUUUGCUCGAGACAACAUAUUACAGUGACAUUUUUAUUAAUUAUCAAAUCAUCCUCUUGUUCCCUGAAAACUUCUGUUUUGUUGCUGUAUUUCAAGUAAACCUGUUGUAGCAGGUCGAAGAUGCUGUUCACUGACUGAAUGAAAUAUUUCUUAUGACAAACUCUUCAAAGCAUGUUAUGACAGUCCUUAAUUCUAAAGAAAUGUCAUUGAAGGAUUCUCAGGCUUUAUUUUCUAUGUAAUGAAUAUAUAUAUAUAUUUUGCACAUGUAUAUUAUUUAUUAUUUAUUCAAUGAGAAAUGCAACAAUAUGUGCA